UUGUUGAAAAUUACUGUGCAAGACCAUGAUCUGUGUCUUAACAUACAUAAAUGUAUUUAAGUAUAAACAAAUUUUGGCGAAUUUAUUUGCGAAGGGUGUAUGAAACCAGCAGCCCUUUCCAUUUAUGAGCCCUUAAGUAGCAGCUCUCUUUUGCAGAAAAGUGUGUGACCCCUGUAAGUGCGAAUGGUUGUGUUCUUGUGUGCCCGAUGAGUGGCUGGCAACCAGUUCAGUAUGUAGCCCGCCUGCUGCCCGAAAACGGCUGAUAUAGCCCCCAGCAAGCCCGCGACCCUCGUGAGGAUAAAACGAUUCGGAUAAUGGAUGAUAAAGUUGGAUGAGGGGGGCGACAUUCUCGACCCGCUCCUCCCUUAUUGCAAGCAACUUCCGCCGCACGGCUCAGCACUUGGGUUCACGUUUCCUUCUUUGCUCGCGAACGCCACGAGCUUCCCCGCACAUUGACUGAACGGACUGACUUCUCGACACAGCGCGCGGACUUUACUGGAUCAGAACUUCAUUUCAAUCUUUGUGUCCGGAUAAAAUCGUCUCUGUGCACGUUGAAGCUUCUCGGCCUAGUUAGCUUAGUUUAGCUUUUAGCUCGCUCGGCGCUAACCAAAAAGAGAGACUCGUCGCUUGUUUGUAAUCAACAGAUAACCGUUAAGCAGAUAUCCAGUAGGAACAACGGCAUUGUGUGGAAAAUGUCCGCAAGAACAACAGCAAAGUACGCGGAGGAUCUUUGUGGAAUGAAAGAAGAGAACGAGCAGCAUCUUCGACUGCUGGGCGAUGUUCGCAAGCAGCCUCGAGUUGUGUUACACAGAGCAGACAUCAGUGAAAAAUAUCUUCAUCUUGAGCAACAGGAGCCCGACUCCCUUCAUAUUAAAGAGGAAGAGGAGGAGGUGGUGGAGCCCGUUAACAUUGAAGAGGAAGAGCACUCACACUUUAAAAAGGAAGAAAAGCCAUUUCUCAUUAAAGAAGAAGAAGAGGAGGAGGAGGAGGAAGAUAUGAGCAAGACAACAGUGACUUGUGUCUUUUUAAAGAAUGAAGACAAAGACCAGGGUGAGAGGGAGCAGAACGGGGAGGCGGAGCCUCCAAGCAGCAGCUCAGGUCAACACAUGACAACAGAAGGGGAUGGAGACCGUUGUGGGCCACCUCAAGCAGAUAGUGAUGCCACAUUAUCUCCUGACACUGAUGAUGAGGAUGAUAAUGAAGAGUCUGAAGGAGAUAUGACAUCUCACAUCCAAAAAAAAUGUCCUCAGUGUGGGAAAACAUUAAGCUGCAGGCAGAGCUUGAACGUUCACAUGAGAAUACAUACUGGAGAGAAACCCUUUGCCUGCUCAGUGUGCGAUAAAAGAUUCACGAAUGCGAGCACUUUGAUCAAACACACGAGAACGCACACGGGAGAGAAACCUUUUAUAUGCUCCGUUUGUGGCAAAAGGUUUUCUGAAAAUGGACAUUUAACUAGACACAUUAGAACACACACUGGAGAAAAGCCUUUUGCCUGCAAAGUGUGCGGCAAAAGCUACUCGGAAAAGUCCAAUUUAACACAACACACAAGAACACAUACCGGAGAGAAACCAUUCAUGUGCUCAAAUUGCGGCCGGAGCUUCUCUCAUAAGUCACAUUUAACAAGGCACGCAACAAGACACACUGGAGAAAAACCUUUUGCCUGCUCAGUAUGCGGCAAAAGAUUCUCGGUCAAUACAAGCUUGACAGAUCACAUGAGAAUGCACACUGGAGAGAAACCUUUUACCUGUUCAGUUUGCGGCAGAAGCUUCUUUACAAAGUCAAGUUUAACAAACCACGCAAAAGCACACGCCCAAGAGGAAACCAUUCAGUUGCAGUGUGUGCCCCGAAAGAUUGUCGAGGAACGCUUCCGUUAAGGCCCACAAGUGUGUGGAUGAGAAUAGCGGUCACCAUUGAAGAAAUUAAAGAAACCGAUUCCUUGUGGUAAACUGGGGAAGUCUUAACUACGAGAAGUUAAGCCACAGCGGGGGACACAUGCAACAUAAUUUUAAAUGAACUCACAUUUUAUGAUGAAAAGAUGCAAAGCCAAUAAUUUUAUCAGUCACAGAAAAACCUUUGUGAUCUUCUAUCCUCUGGAAGUAGUGAGCCAAAUGUUUGACAAGUUGAUUUCAAACAUGUACAAUGAUAUAAGAUGUCUAUAAUUUUGUCUGUACUUUCUUUAUUUAUAAAGAAAAAUUAAAAGUGCAACCAAAAAGGAUAAUCAUUCAAUGGACGUGGCGUGUUCUUCAUCUGUGAGAUGGUGUAAACAGAAUUUGAAUCAUUAAAUCCGUCGCUUUCAAAAAUCCGUCAGCUGACAGUUCAACAGUUGUCAUUUCCGGUCCGCAGCUGAUAAUUAUUUUCGCUUUCUCAUUCCGCAAAUGCAAAAUUAAUCCGCGUAGCGUGGUUUGACCUCUGCUGGAGCAUACAAUACAAUGUCAUCUUGCUAUAAGUUUGUGUGUGGGUGUGUUUUUAGUUCUCCUAUAAGAGUGUGUCAAGUGGUUGUACUUAUAGUCGUACUCGUUUAUACUUAGUUAUUCAACUUGUGCUCCCAAAAUUGUUUUCAACUGGAAAUGGCAAAUUCCAACUCACCGUAAGUACUUCAGUACCUUGAAGCGAUUUCCACUUACAUUUACAAAUUGAUUUACCAGACGUUCGAUGCAACUUUAUAUCCGCAUAUUGUAUGUAUGUGCCUCACAGCUGGCACCUGCAAAAACCAAAUGUGUUUGUCUUCUUGUGUC